AUGGUUGAAGCAGAUGACGCCCGGCGGGCAGACGAACUCACCCGGGAAAUCAACAACCACAACCACCGGUAUUACGUGCUGGAUGACCCGAGCAUCAGCGACGGCGAGUAUGACGCGUUGAUGCAGGAGCUACGCCGUCUGGAAGCGGACAAUCCCGCACUGGUUACACCUCAAUCCCCAACCCAACGGGUGGGCGGCGCCCCCGCUGCCGGAUUCACCCAAGUGCAGCACCGGCAACCCAUGUUGAGCCUGGCCAACGCCUUCAACGUCGAGGACCUGGAGGCAUGGCUGCGGAGGGUCAAGAACCUUCUGGACGGCGCCGACUUUCCCUUGGUUUGCGAGUUGAAAAUCGACGGGCUGGCCGUGAGUCUCACCUACGAAAACGGCAUUUUGACCCAAGGCGCCACCCGGGGCGACGGCAGCACCGGCGAAGAUGUGACUCAAAACAUUCGGACCAUCCGGAUCUACCUGCCGGUGGAAGACUUCGAACGCCUCAACGAGGAGCGCGCCAGGCAGGGAGAACCGCUGUACGCCAACCCUCGAAACACCGGCGCCGGCAGUUUGCGCCAGUUGGACCCCAAAAUCACCGCCAGCCGCAACCUGCAAAUAUGGGUCUAUUCCAUGGGAGAAAUCGGGGUGGAAAUCGGGGACGAAGCCAGCCAGGCUUCCCCGCCGCCUGAUUCCCACUGGGAUGCCCUGGAGUGGUUGCAGACCCUGGGCUUCCGCACCAAUCCACACAACCGGUUGUGCUCAACCCUGGAUGACGUAGACGGUGUGGUCAUCAAGGUUUCUCCAUUCAACUAUCAGGAGUCCCUCGGCGUAGUGGGCCGCGAGCCCCGGUGGGCCAUCGCCUACAAGUUCCCGGCGGAGCAGGUCACCACCAAGCUGCUGGACAUCCGUAUCAACGUGGGACGCACCGGCAGCCUGAACCCAUAUGCAGUUCUGGAGCCUGUGGUGGUCGGUGGGGCAACCGUCAAGCAAGCCUCGUUGCACAACGAAGAAGACAUCCACAGAAAGGACAUACGAGCAAGGGAUUGGGUAAUCCUGGAACGGGCCGGAGAUGUGAUUCCCCACGUGGUGGGGCCGGUCGCUUCCCGCCGCGACGGCAGCGAGCAGGUUUUCCGAAUGCCCAAGCUUGCCCGGUUCCCCAAUCUGGAAGCCCUGGCCCAAGCCAGCGAAGAGGACCUAACGGAAAUCGCACGGCAUCGGGCCAAAGAUCGCCGAGAGCGUAGUCUCCUACUUCAAGCAGGAAGAGCAGAAACCCGCAUCAAGGCCCUGGGCGGUGGCGUGACCUCGUCCGUAUCCGCCAAAACGAAUUACCUGGUGGCUGGAGAGUCGGCCGGCUCCAAGCUAAACGCCGCCAUCAAACUCAACACACCGGUCCUUGACGAAGCCGCGUUUUUGGCCCUGUUGGACGACCCGGCGUCCGCCAGAGACGGUUCUUCGUAG